AUGAGCAGUUACUUUUCCAAGAAGCCAGUUAGUCAGAUUGCAAAAUCUGCUUUACCAUAUCUGAUACUUGGAAGCACUACUGUAAUUGUUAGUGGAAUAGCAUUAUUAUAUACGUUUCAAUGUAAUUUGAUUUAUACUGCUAAUUAUCCUAAAGGAUCCAGAAAGCAU